AUGUUUCUAUCGUGUCCGAAUGGACGACGGUCAUACCGGGUGGACAAAGAGGAGACAGAAACCAUUUGGCCGGAAAGUGGAAAAGUCGCCAUUGUUCGCUCGUCGCGAAAAAGUGAAAAAUCAAAAAGUGGGCAGUCGCCUGUAACAACUUUCCGGGAUUCCGCACCUGUAGCGACAGCCAGCAAUAAGGGUAGCUGCGAUCGGUUGAGCCCUUCGAUUCCAGAAACGCUGUGUGUAGAUUUUUCUCGCUCGAAGGCGCACGAAUUGAAGGCCGCAUUUUCGGAACAAACAAUUGGGGCUGAAGCCGAAAGAAACUUCCGACGCACGAUUUGGGAGGAAAAGCCAGCCCAAGCGAUCGCUCCCAAUCCACGCUCCGUUGGUGAACCGUAUCCCGUGAGCGACGACGGACAUUCGGUCGUACACGAAGAAGACAACAGACCCCUUAAAGGGGUUUUUAUUUGUACUUAUAGACUGAUUCGUCCGGUCGCUAGACGGAUUGCCUCGGAGAAAGGAGAGCCACCGGCGCGCUUCGGUGUGAACCAUCAUUCCGGCAUCGUGUUCGGAAGACAAACGGUGUGGUCGGGCCAGAGGAAGCGGCUGCAAGGAACACCGAGUGACGAGGAGCAGCGUCGAUACCAUUCAGGCCGAUCAGUGGAAGGGGACCGGGGUUGUGUCCCACGUGAACAACAACAUCAUUCCGGCAUCGAGUUCGGAAGACAAACGGUGUGGUCGGGCCAGAGGAAGCGGCCGCAAGGAACACCGAGUGAGGAGGAGCUGCGUCGAUACCAUUCAGGCCGAUCAGUGGAAGGGGACCGGGGUGGUGUCCCACGGGAGCAACACGUCCGAAGGUCGAAGUCGUCACCAGUCACCCACGGUGGUCCGAAUCAGCAUAGUUCCCGAAUCAGGUGUGCGAUGUGCUCGUGCGUUGUGCGACCGAGGAAUGCAUUGAAGAUGGUGCGAUGCAGUAGGUCAGGUAGUCACUUAUAGGACGGGCCCGUAAGUAAAGAAAGAUAAUUAGCUUGUAAGAACAUGAUUUAGUCAGGCCUUGAUGCAAAAGGGGGUCGAUAGGAGCUAGGAAGGUGGGAGAAAGCUCGAUGGGUGUAAUAAAGUCUUUUUAAAAUGUAAGCU